AUGGCCCACCAAGCACACUCUUACCACAUAGUCGACCCAAGCCCCUGACCAAUCUUUGGAGCAGCUGCCGCCCUGCUCAUAACCACAGGACUAACAAUAUGAUUCCACUAUAACUCACCACACCUACUACUCACUGGUUUCGCCUCCAUAAUCCUAGUCAUAAUCCAAUGGUGACGAGACAUUGUACGAGAAAGCACAUUCCAAGGGCACCACACACCCACCGUACAAAAAGGUCUACGGUACGGUAUAAUCCUGUUUAUUACAUCAGAAGCCUUCUUCUUCCUAGGCUUCUUCUGAGCCUUCUUCCACUCAAGCCUCGCACCCACCCCAGAACUAGGAGGACAAUGACCCCCCACAGGCAUCAAACCCCUAAAUCCCCUAGAAGUUCCUCUCCUAAACACCGCUAUCCUAUUAGCCUCAGGUGUAACAGUCACUUGAACACACCACAGUAUCACAGAAGGUAACCGCAAACAAGCGAUCCAAGCACUAACUCUAACAAUCCUACUAGGAUUCUACUUUACCGCUCUCCAGGCAAUAGAAUAUUACGAUGCACCUUUUUCAAUUGCAGACAGCGUAUAUGGCUCAACCUUCUUCGUCGCUACUGGAUUCCACGGACUUCACGUAAUUAUUGGAUCCACCUUCCUAUCAAUCUGCCUACUACGUCUAAUUAAAUUUCACUUCACCUCAAACCACCAUUUUGGCUUUGAGGCAGCAGCUUGAUACUGACACUUCGUAGACGUCAUCUGAUUAUUCCUCUACAUAACCAUCUACUGAUGAGGAUCCU